CAGCACUGAGCCCGGCGGACUGCAGAGAGCACACUCAGGAGCAGGGAGAAACUUUCUGGUCAGAGAGCUGAUGGACGGUUUUUAGCGGCGGGGAUGCGAGAGAGACGCCACAGCGGCGAGGAUCGGCCGCGCUGAACCGGAGUCACCGGCAGACGAUGUCCCAAUGUGAGAGCGCUUCCAGGGGGGACGAGGGAGAGGACGAGGGAGGAUGAAGAAGGGGGGAGAGGGAUCGAGAGUGGCAGAGGUGGAAUAUAAUGAAGUUGAGUGGGAAAGGACUGUGCACCGUCCUCUCCAGCACCCUCCUCUUCGUGUGCGCCCUGAGCGAAGUUGUCGUUGGAUUAAGAUGCGUCUCUCUGGGAUCUACGGUGAAAGCGCAUUUCCACCUCGGCGCCGCGGCCGGGGCUUUCUACUCCGGGAUACUUGUGAGCAUCGGACAGGGGCUGCUGUGCUCCGCGCUGCUGUGCUGCAUGGAGAAACCCGGCUGCAGGAACCUCUUUCUGCUCGGUGUUGUGGUCUUCUUGCUGGGAGUGCUCACCGCCUUCUCCGGCGCGGUGGUGGACGGGGACGCGGCUUCCCUGGUGGAGAGGAAAUAUUCCCACUACUGCCUCCACGGCGUGGUUGUGAACCCUGCCUGCGAGCAGCUGAGGAACUACCAGCGGAGCCUGGUCAUCUCCACGGUGCUCAGCACGCUGGAGUGUCUGCUGGGGCUCAUCCACCUGGUGAUCAUCAAGAGGUACAAGACCGCGCAGUUCCCCAGGAGCAGACCGUCUCAGAGGCAGAGCGCAGCGGGCAUCCUGUUCAGCGAGGACCGGGACUGCUCCUCGGCGGAUUUCCAGCCGGUGUCUUACAUCAACCUGGGUGUUUUUAACGUGUUGGACGAGACGGGCGCGGAGGUGCAGUGCGGGGGGCACCCGUCCAUCGAGCUGCCGGGGUACGCGACCACGGACCCGGAGCUCAACCACUGCUUCCCGUUCUCCUACCCGCUCCCCAGCGAACUUCCGCCCGCAUACGAGGACAUUUUCCCCGCUGAGGCAUGCAACACAUAGCCGCUCCGGAGCAGCCCGCAGCAGCGCUUUCCUCUGCUGUGACAAUCAGUGACUUUCUGCUUCAUCAAUCCCCCUCCUCAUCUGCUCCUCUUACAACCCCCCCACCACUGAAAAACAAACUAAACAAACUGAGGAAAACAGUAAGUGACACACAGGAGGACAGCAGCAGCGGCAGCAGCAGUGGAUUUGAUCUCACCUGAUUAUUCUGAUAUGUUCUCAGGCUUCGUGUGCCUGGAAGCUUCUAAUGUCCAUCACCAGUCCAACUGCUGUAGAGGAGUAAGUGACACAGGCCCAGACAGAGCAGCCAGACCAAGGCCCAUAGACGCAACAGCUUGCAAAGUAUUAUAACAAAAGCAGAGUUUGUGUUUUGAAUGUUUGCUGUUGACAUUUCUACUUGCGAAUAAAAAGUGCAUUUAUCCUCCUCAUGAAGCUGCUGCCACUUUAGCUCUUGUUGGUUUAGUCUGAAGUUCAUUUCCAAGGCUUCAGACAUCUUGUCCCUAUCGCUGAGUGUGGCUGGUGCCAGUCAGUGUUGUAGCAGUUAUUUGCUAGUCCAUGAGUCAGCAUCAUCAAAGUGAUGAUCGUUACCAUGAGUGUCAUUAUCGUGCCAUAAUGCUGAAGAGAGGACUGAAAAGUGCUCUGCAUCUCAAACAGUGUGUGGUGCCCACUGAAAAGGAAACUCCCCUGAUUUAUUCAUUUGUCCAGAAAGUUGGGGCAAUCAGAACCGGCACAACUUUAAAAAGAGUGGUCCUAAACACACUUCCCAUGAUGUAAAUUGACGGCACCUCUCAUUAAAACAGUCCUUUGCCUGGAACUCCUCGCCCUCAGUUUGUAACGCAGGCUUGCUGUGAUAACUGCGUGGCCUUCAAACCCAGAGAAAACCCAGAUGAGUCACUAUGAGGUCAUCACGGUAGAAAACUCUUCUCAGACAUGUAAACUGAACAUGAUGAAGAAAACUUGUUGGAUCAGGCCAUAGAUAACACUGGAAAACUGGAAUCAUUCAUAAAGAUAGUGAGCAUAUUGGGGUGAGGAGGAGCAGGGGAACAGUCUGAACCUGAACGCACCGUAACUCAUUUGCUUUAUUAAUUUUUCGGGCCUCGUGACCAGAAUGUCCUGAUAUGACACAGACUAAAUGACUCACUGUGUCUAAUCAUAAAGAAUCAAACUGUACAGAACUGCUCCCCACGUUGUUGAACGCGAUGUGACUCAAAACCAUUCAUUCACUGCACCACUCACCAAUACGUCAGCUCUCAGCACGAAUCAUCAAAACCUAUUCAGCCUCACUCUUACUCAUUUGAAUGAAUAGCUACAACCAUAGCUGCCUGUCAUCGUCAUGUGCCCACCUUCACAACAACAUUGUUCUCUGCAAAAUGUCAUCGAAACGGUCACUUCCCCCCUCAAAGUAAAGUUCUCAAUAAACACUCAAAUGUCUCUCCAGGGGAAUUUUGACUAAUAAACAUGAAGAAGUACUUUACAUGGCUCAGUGUAAUAAUCCUCCUCUCAUCCCUUUCAAACCAUGUGAUGAUGCUCUCCACUCUCUUCUACUUAGCCAAGUGCAGGAUCACGCCUUUAAAAACUGCCUUCCUCCUGCUUAGGUUUCCUGCCUGUAAUAUAUUUAUAUAUAUAUGCUAAUGGUGCUAAUGGUGGAGGGCUGUGUGAAAGUCAUCUGCUGAGGCUGUGCCCCGGCAGUGUCCGUCCACAGAAAACCAGCUGGAGUGUUCAAAGUGAACAUUUCCAGUGUUGAAAUAGCUGGGUAAAUUUAGCUUCACCUUAAGAGAAGGUAGCUGGGGAAGUUUUCUUCCUCCUAACUGCUCAAAAUACAGUUAAAUGUCAGGUUUUGUUAGGCCCAUCGUUCACAGAGCUGGUGCAAUGAUGCAACACUGAUUCUAUUAGAUAUUUCUGUUAUGCAUGGAGCUUGUUACCUCGGAGAAAUGCUCUGACAUUCAAUAAAUGAAGUCACAAUACGAUGGUGAGAAAG